AUGAUCUGGAGGCUGCGCCUGAAGCUGAGUAGGUUGUAUGUUCUGUUGCUGCAGCAUGAUAAGAUUAACUAUGCCAAUGUGGUAUGGUGUAACCUUUCCCUCCCGAAGCAUAGAUUUAUUUUAUGGCAAGCUGUCCUUGGCCACUUGCUUACCCGAGACAAACUUCUGCUUCGCCAUGUUCGUAUUGAGUCUCCUUUAUGCCCAGUUUGUGAGUUAGAGUUGGAGACUCAUGACCAUUUAUUCUUUGAUUGUAUCUACUCUCAACAUAUUAUGCACAAGAUUGAAGAGUGGCUAGGUGUUGCUAUAUGGCCUUCCAAAUAUGGUGAGUGGACUGCGUGGAUGGUUGGGAGGCCAAAAGGUCUGUUACAGCGAGUGUUGGCAGCUGCUCUUGCUGCUACUGUCUAUUUCAUUUGGCUGAACCGAAAUUCUUGCAUCUUUAACUGUUCAGCUAUUUCUAGUACUAGAGUUUAUUUUCUGAUUAAGUCUUGUUUAAAGGCUAGAAUGUUAGGUCUUGCUAGGAAGCAUCUAGGGAAAAAAGAGAAGGCUAUUGUCGAGUGUAUAUGUCAUUUGUAA